AUGUUCCGGCCCGCAACACGAUUGAUUGCGCGCCCCGCGGUGGCGCGUCUGCUUCCGCGUGCGGCCGCGCCCACUCGACGAUACCUUUCCACAGCUCCCCCGUCCCAGAAGUCCCGGAGUUGGAAGAACCUAGCUGCCAGAGUCGGUGUUGCAGGAGCCGUCAUAUAUUACUACAAUACUACUGAAGUAUUCGCAGAAGAACCAAGUCAAAUCGUGAAAUCGCUACCUGAGACCGACCAAGAAACCGAAACAUUACCUACCAUCGAAGCGCUGGCCCUGGAACGCCAACAGCGCAAGGCACAGAUUGAGGCGCAACAAGCGAAGGAGGCAGCGAACGCGACUGAGGUCGCCGCGGCUUCUGAAGCAGGUGGCGUAGGUGGUGGUGUAGAGGAGUUGGAGGCAGAAGCUGGCCAACAAGGUGCAUUUAAUCCCGAGACUGGAGAGAUCAAUUGGGAUUGUCCAUGCCUGGGAGGUAUGGCAGACGGCCCUUGCGGAGAGCAAUUCAAGGCUGCCUUCAGCUGCUUCGUGUACUCGACUGAGGAGCCGAAGGGAAUGGAUUGCAUUGAAAAGUUUAAGGACAUGCAGAACUGCUUCAGAGAAUAUCCCGAAAUCUACGGCGCUGAGCUUGACUCGGAUGAGGAGGACGAUGCGCCCGAUGCUGCACCAGCUGAUGGCGAACCACUCCCGCCUAUCGCAGAUGCUCCUGCUGCAGACAGCAGCGACGCCGCUUCGUCACAAACAUUGUCGGAUAUUGCCAAAGAGCAUGGCCUCACCAAACCAUCCAAGCCUGACCCCAAUGGCUUAGUACCCGAAUCAUACCGCCCGGAGGAGCCUUCGAAGACAAAGGAUGAGCCCGUGAGCGAGCCCGAAGCGCUCGUGCCUAAGGCAACGCACGACGCGACACAGGAAGCGGCUGAUAGAAAGUAG